AUGCCGGGCGAGGCGGUGACCCUGCAGCUCGGGCACUACGCGGGCUGCGUGGGCGCACACUGGUGGGGGCUGCAGGUCGCCGCGCUGCGCGGCCCUACCGAGCUCCGCCCCAGCACGCUGCUCCGCGCCGAGCGGGAGCCGGGCGGGCGGGAGACGCACACCCCGCGCCUGGUGGCGCUGGAGCUGAAAGGCGGCGUGGGCGCGCUGAGGCUCAGCGGUGCGGACGCCGAGGCGCCGGUAACCUGGGAUGGGGAAGUCGCCACCUACCUGGACUGCGACUCGGUCGGGAGCUCCGCGUCGCCGGACGCCGGGAGCAGGACGGUGAGGGCGGGCGAGGUGGCGCCGCGGGGGAACCGGGUCCCGGAGGCCGCCAGGGUGUUUGCGGCUUCCCCGCAGGUUCUCUCGGCCUUUGCUGGGACCUCCUGCCCGGGAGAUGCUGCCGGUGGUGGGAAGCGGAGUCCCAGCGCUGCCGCCCCAGGUCUCUGCACUUUCUGCGUCGCUUCUUUGGGUCUUGUCCGUGCCCAGCACAGACCAUUGCUCUUCACAUCUCUCAUUCCAGACACAUCUGCAGCCUCUUCCCAGCUUGGUGGUCCCCAGGAAAUUCCCUCUGGCAGGAGGGUGCAGCUCUGGUCUGAUUACCUCAACGUCCCCUUGCACCCCAAGAGCCUCUUUGUGCUCCGUCAGUACCUGCACGAUGGGGACUGUGGUUGUCUAGAAGCCUUUGGACAAGGUGAAAGCCUCCUGCAGGACCAGGGCUGUGUAGAGGAGCUGGAGGAUCGUCUGCACUUCUAUGCUGAGGAGUGUGAUCACCUGCAGGGUUUCCAGGUCCUCUGUGACCUCCACAAUGGAUUCUCUGGAGUUGGUGCCAAGGUGACAGAACUGCUCCACGAUGAGUACUCAGGCAAAGGAAUCCUGACCUGGGGCUUGACUCCAGUCAUGAGUGAUGGAGGAGACCGUCAGAAGAAUUUUUACAGACUGCUGAACACAGCCCUGGGGAUCGUUCACCUCUCCACUCACAGCUCACUCUUUUGCCCUCUGUCUCUCAGUGGGAGCCUGGGAAUCAGGCCACAACCUCCUGUCAGCUUCCCCUACAUAAACUGUGAUGCAUCACUGAACUACCACAGCAGUGCAGUGCUGGCAGCAGCUCUCGACACCCUCACAGCUCCCUACCGGCUCUGCUCCUCUCAGGGCUCCAUGAUGCACCUGGCUGAGUCCCUCAACUUCUCUGGCAGAAAGGUGGUAGCUGCCUGGGCUGCUGUCCCCUUCCCUGCCCUACCUGGCUGCUCCCUGGCAGAUGCUUUGUCUGCCUACCAGCAGGAUGUGCCCUGGCAGCUCCUCUCUUCCUGGAGGGAGCAGAAGGGCAGCUGCUGCUUUGCUCAGUCUGUUGUGCUACGAGGGAUUGGCAAAGCAAACAGCAGCAGCAGCCCCUACCCAGCAAAGCAGCCUCUGUCUGCACUGCACAGCUGUGGGAGCAGCCAGCAGGUUCUGCAGCACUACCUGCACACCAUCUUCCCUGGGGCAUUCAGCACAGCCCACGUGCUCCAGCAGCCCUGCAGCACUCUACCUCCAUACCCCCAAUUCUUUUCUCCUCUUCUGACCAAAGAAGGCUUCCUCCAGGACAAACCUUCCAGUUACCCCCCAGCAGCUGUGGAGAGUGUUCCUGUCCUGGCAGCCCUGCAGUCCUCCCCUGUGCUGCAGGCUCUGCUCCGCAGCCUGCACAGGGACCUGCAGAAGCUGAACCUGCGGCGCUGCCUCAGCUUCUUCUCUGCUGGGGUGGAGCAGGAGGACUUCCAGGAGGCCUUAGAGGAGCUGAGGACUCUCUCCCAGUGCUACGACCCAGGCCUGGGAGCUGAUGAGUCUGAAGAUGAAGCAGAUUCUGACUAACUCACCUUUAUUACCAGAGAGAGCAGAGGAAAGCUCUUCAGAGUGGCUUUGAAGGUGGCUCAGCUGCUGCUUUGCUUUGCAGCUCAGCACAAGCCUGGGACAAAGCCUGGCUGCAGCUGUCCAGGUUGUGUUGUAA